CUCCACGGCGCGCGCGGGACGAUAUCAAACUUCCACAUUGAACGAAAUGAAGCGACUGCUGCUCGUGCUUCUGACCGCGUUGCUAUGGCAAUGCUGCCAUGCCCAGCAGAGAGGGCUGUUCCCGGCUGUGUUGAACCUGGCGUCAAUGGCAGAUAUAACGGCUAAUGCUACAUGUGGUUCAAUGGGUCCAGAGAUGUUCUGUAAGCUGGUGGAACAUGUACCCGGCCAGCCAGUUAGAAACCCUCAGUGUCGAAUCUGCAACCAAAAAAGCACAAAACCAUUUGAGAAGCAUCCCAUUGAAUAUGCCAUAGACGGGACCAAUCGUUGGUGGCAAAGUCCCUCUAUCAAGAAUGGAAUGGAGUACCACUAUGUGACUAUCACACUGGACUUGAAACAGGUUUUCCAGAUCGCCUAUGUGAUUGUAAAGUCAGCCAACUCACCUCGCCCAGGCAACUGGAUCUUAGAGCGUUCAAUAGAUGGUGUGACCUUUGACCCCUGGCAGUACUUCGCCAUCACAGACACAGAGUGCCUGACAAGGUUCAACAUUAAUCCACGGACAGGACCUCCAUCCUACACCAGAGAUGAUGAAGUUAUCUGCACAUCUUUUUAUUCAAAGAUUCACCCUCUGGAGAACGGAGAGAUCCACGCUUCUUUGAUCAAUGGUCGUCCCAGUGCAGAUGACCCCUCCCCGACCUUGCUGAACUUCACCUCUGCCCGUUACAUCAGGUUGGUGUUUCAGCGAAUCAGAACGCUGAACGCCGACCUCAUGACUCUGGCACUCAAUGACCCCAGAGAUAUCGAUCCCAUCGUGACUAGACGGUACUACUAUUCUAUUAAGGACAUAUCAGUCGGAGGGAUGUGUAUCUGUUACGGACACGCCAAAGCCUGUCCACUCAACACUGUUACAAAGAAGUUUAGCUGUGAAUGUGAACACAACACAUGCGGGGAGAGCUGUGAUCAUUGUUGCCCUGGUUACCACCAGCAGCCCUGGAUGGCAGGAACCUUCAACACUCGACAUGUCUGUGAGAAGUGUAACUGCCAUGGUAAGGCAGAGGAGUGCUACUUUAAUCAGACAAUAGCAGACCUGUCACUCAGCCUGGACAUCCAUGGUCAGCACAGAGGAGGUGGAGUCUGUAUUGGUUGCCGUGAUAACACAGCUGGAGUCAACUGUCAGACAUGUGUUGCUGGAUUCUACAGACCUGUUGGGGUGAGCGCUGAGGAGGAGAACCCCUGCAUCCCCUGCUCAUGUGAUUCACAUGGUUCCAUCAGUAAAUCAUGUGUUGCAGAAUCAAGCCAGGCUACGCCCAGCCAGCCAGCAGGGUCAUGCCGGUGUAAGGAGGGUUUUGGGGGUCUGCGAUGUGACAGGUGUGCUGUUGGUUAUAUGGGCUACCCGUCCUGCCAGCGCUGUAACUGCAGUGUGGAAGGAAGCACCAACGAUGACCCAUGUAUAACGCCAUGCAUGUGCAAGGAAAACGUGGAGGGAGAAAAUUGCGAUCGCUGCAAAGUGGGAUUCUACAACCUCCAAGGUGACAAUCGACGCGGCUGUGAAAAGUGCUCCUGUAUGGGCAUUGCCAGUCAAUGCGCUGCCUCCACAUGGACCUAUCAGAAUGAGACCACUCUGACAGGCUGGCACCUGGUUGGAGAUACAGGAGGAAGAGUGUGGUCUGUUCACAGACAGACACCUCCAUAUCUGAGUGUCCGACACUCAGACGUUGUGAGUGAUCUUGGAUCCGCCUACUACUGGAACGCACCUGGACUAUACCUGGGAAACAAGCUUUCAGCCUACGGAGGGAGUGUGAUCUACACUGUGUCUUAUACUACCGACCAACAAGAACAAAUGGCCAUUAGAGUCACCUCAGAACCUGACCUAAUCAUAGAGGGAAGUGGGAUCAAGAUUAUUGACAGAAGGUUUGGCCAGCCAGUGUACCCGUCCUCGCCGAGCACCAAUCACAUUGUUCUCCUUCCUGAGAACUUCCUGGUUUCAGAGAGCAAUCGGCCGAUUAGUCGGAGGGAUUUCUUGUCUGUGUUAGCCAAUGUGACUAGAGUGAUGGUCCGGGCCUCUUAUAGCACAGAACCCAGUUCUGUGUACAGACUCCAUUCAUUCUCAAUGCAGGUAGCUAAUCCCUCUGCCAGAGGAGAGAGGGUAGCAUCAGCUGUAGAAAUCUGCUCUUGUCCUCCUGGAUAUGCUGGAACUUCCUGUGAGACAUGUAUUCCUGGUUUUCGGAGGGUUAAGGGGAAUCUCUACAAUGGUGUGUGUGAAGCUUGUCGUUGCCACGGACAUGCUACACAAUGCCAUGAGAUCACAGGACACUGCCUGGACUGCUCCCACCACACCACAGGCUCCCACUGUGACACCUGCGUACCUGGUUACUUUGGCAACGCCACCCGUGGGUCACCUGCGGACUGUCAGCUCUGCACCUGCCCUCUGAAUCUUCCUAGCAACAACUUCAGCCCCACCUGCCACCUAGGUGAAGAAGGGGAGUUGCUGUGCGACCAGUGUCAGCCUGGAUACACAGGACCACGAUGUGACAGAUGCUCCAAUGGAUACUACGGCCAGCCCACUGUGCCAGGGAGAACCUGCCAGCCCUGUGAUUGCUAUGGAAACCUGGACCUAUCUAUACCUGGCAGCUGUGAUCCAAUCACGGGCCAGUGUCUGCGCUGUCGCCAAGGUUAUGGCGGCGCAGCUUGUGACAGUUGUGCUGAAGGUUACUAUGGAGACGCCAUCACAGCAAAAAACUGCCAACCCUGUCAGUGCCAUACUAAUGGCUCUGUAUCUGAGGUCUGCAAUAAGGAGACUGGACAGUGCCAAUGCAGAGAAAAUGUGGUUGGACGCCAGUGUGAUGAGUGCAUGCCUCAAACUCAUGGCAUCACCACAGGUGGAGUGUGUGUCCCGUGUCACUGUAACUCGUUUGGUUCUAAGUCAUUUGACUGUGAUGAAAAUGGUCAGUGUCGGUGUCAGCCAGGCGUCAGCGGACCCAAAUGUGACCGUUGCUCACGAGGAUUUUUCAACUUCCAGGAGGGCGGCUGCACACCGUGUCAGUGCAGUCAUGUGGGGAAUAACUGUGAUGCUAACACAGGGCAGUGUAUCUGUCCUCCAAACACUAUUGGUGAGAGGUGCGACCGCUGUGCUCCCAACCACUGGGGCCACGAUAUCAUAACUGGAUGCAAGGAGUGUGGUUGCAGUGUGAUUGGCUCAGUCACCCAGCAGUGUAACGUCAACACAGGCUGCUGCUUCUGUCGCGACUCCUUCAGAGGAGAGAAAUGCAAUGAAUGUCAAAUUGGAUACAGAGACUUUCCUCAGUGCACCCAGUGCGAGUGUAACAUCUCAGGAUCGGACAGUCAGACCUGCGACCUGGAGAGGGAGGUCUGCGCCUGUGCUGAUCGAACAGGAAAGUGUAGCUGCAAGGUAAAUGUGGAAGGAGACAACUGUGACCGCUGUAAGCCAGACACCUUUGGGUUGUCUGUGCGAAACCCGCUUGGCUGCAGCAAGUGUUACUGUUAUGGACUGACACAGUCCUGUACAGAGGCGCAAGGACUCAUCAGGAUGUGGUUAACACUGAAGCCAGAGCAGACAGUGCUCCCCCUGGUGGAUAAAUCCAACGCUGUGGAGACGAGGAGAGGAGUGAGCUUCCAGCACCCUGAGAUCCUCGCUCAUGCAGAGCUGGUCACCUCAACUCUCUCUGAACCCUACUACUGGAAACUGCCGGAGCAGUUCAGAGGCUCUAUGAUCACAGCAUAUGGUGGGCAGUUGAAAUACGCAGUGUACUAUGAAGCCAGAGACGAAACUGGUCCUUCCUCCUAUGAGCCCCAGGUCAUCAUUAAGGGCGGUCCUAACCGCAAUGUCUUGAUGACACGCCACAUUCCAGGACUCCAGAUUGGUCAGCUCACGCGCCACGAGAUUGACAUGACAGAGCAUGAGUGGAAGUACGCAGAUGGCCGGUCUAUGACUCGAGAGGACUUCAUGGAUAUUUUGUUCUAUGUGGACUACAUCCUAAUUAAGGCAUCACACGGCAACUUGAUGAGACACAGCCGUAUUUCAGAAAUCAGUCUAACAGUGGCCGAGGAAGGCAGACCAACCAAAGAGAGUGAGGAAGCACAUCAGAUAGAAAAGUGUGACUGUCCAAUCGGAUACUCUGGACUCUCCUGUGAGGAGUGUGCUGCAGGUUUCUACCGUCUUCGCGCCGGUUCCCCAGCAUCUGCUCCAGCGUCUAGAGUGCCCACUGCUGCCGGCAUGGGCAGCUGUGUUCAGUGCCAGUGCAGUGGGCACUCUUCCACCUGUGACCCUGAGACAUCCAUAUGCCAGAACUGUCAAGACAACACAGAGGGCGAUCGGUGUGAACGCUGCGCUCCGGGAUUCUACGGUGUGGUCCGAGGUUUUCAAGACGACUGUAAACCCUGCGCCUGUCCUCUCACCAACCUAGAGAACAAUUUUAGUCCAACAUGUGUAGCUGAGGGAUUUGAUGACUACCGAUGUACCGCCUGUCCUGAGGGAUAUGUGGGCAAACACUGUGAGAGGUGUGCUACAGGUUACCAUGGUAACCCGCAGAUGCUGGGCAGUCGCUGCGAGGAAUGUAAGUGUUCCCUGUGGGGGGCGUUGCCUGGACCAUGUGACCCUGUCACAGGCCAAUGCCGCUGCAGGGUCGGGGCAUCGGGGAAGUCGUGUGACCAGUGCAUGGAGAGGCAUGUGUGUGGACCAGCUGGAAUCAUCUCCUGUGAUGAUGAGUGCUCUGGUCUGUUGAUCAGUGACAUGGACCGCCUGUAUCGCAUCAUCACUGAUGUCACCCUCACCACACCCCUCCCACCACCUUAUAAGGUGUUGUACCGCUUCGAGAACAUGACAGAGGAAAUCAAGCACAUGCUGUCACCUCAGAAAGCUCCGGAGAGAUUACUACAACUGGCUGACUCCAACCUGGGAUCACUGGUCGUUGAGAUGGACCAGCUACACAGCAGGGCCACUAAGGUGUCUGCUGACGGAGAGCAGGUUGAGGAUGAUGCUGACAGGAUUCAUAAACGAGCUAAGGACCUGGAGCAGUUCAUCAGGGAUACACUGCUGGGAGCUAAAGGUAGCAGAAAUGAACACGAUCUCUCAUCCAUUACUGCCUCCAUGUCCUGCCAACUGGGAUUUCUGGAUUUAUCAGUCUACUGUCUCACUAGUUUCAUUUGUUAUCACCAAGAGUUUGUAAAAACUGAUUCCAAGUGGAAUCCAACAUCUUCAGUCAUUGAAAAUGUCCUCCAGGAGACACAAAAAAUGGCAAACAAAAUAACAUCAAACUCGUUCUCUCUUCUUCUCUCUGUCUCCAGUAAUGGAUUGAAUGGCACCAUAUCAGUAUAUCCUCUGGAAGGCACUAUGGCUGGUAUGAUGCCGACCCCAGCCAGUGCCAACUCGCCCACUGCCUACACCAUCUUGGACGUCGACCAAAACGCCUACCUGUUUGUAGGAGGAAUACUCGGCACUGUCAAGAAAGCAGAUGCAGUAAGAACAACAACAUUCACAGGCUGCAUGGGGGAAACCUUCUUGGAUGGUAAACCUAUUGGACUGUGGAACUACAGAGAGAGACAGGGAGACUGUAAAGGAUGUGUUAUCAGCCCUCAGCGUUCCGAUGGUGAGGGUACAGUUCAGCUGGACGGUGAAGGCUACGCCGCAGUGGGACGACCCACCAGGUGGAAUCCCAAUGUUUCCACUAUAACCUUUAAGUUCCGCACGUUCUCCUCCGAAGCCCUGCUCUUGUAUUUGGCUACUGAAGAUAUGAAGGACUUCAUGUCCCUGGAGCUGUCAGAAGGCAAGGUGAUGGUGAACUUUGAUCUUGGGUCAGGAGUUGGCAAUGCCAGAUCAGCUAACCGCCACAAUGAUGGACGUUGGAAAUCCCUCACCAUGUCCCGCAACAAGAAACAAGCCACACUGACCGUAGUGGACAUUGACAGCGGUGCUGAGGAGAUGAUAGUGGCCACAUCUCAGGGUUCAGCUACUGGUCUGAACCUCAAGGAAACCCAGAAGAUCUAUUUUGGAGGGCUCCCUACUAUUGGAAACUACAGGCCAGAGGUCAAUCUGAAGCGGUAUGCUGGCUGUCUUCGGGAUAUUGAAAUUUCCAGGACUCCAUUUAAUCUCCUCAGCAGUUCAGAUUAUACUGGGGUCACUAAGGGAUGUAAUGUAGAGAACUUGUACACUGUCAGUUUCUCUAAACCGGGAUACAUGGAGUUGGGUGGCCAGUCGCUGGCGGUCAACACAGAGAUCAGCCUGUCAUUCAGCACUCUGGCAGACACAGGGACCAUAUUGCUGGCAGUGGGCGGACCUUCACUAAAUAGCCAGCAGGCCCGGAACACAAACCUCUUAAACUCCAAGCGGAGACGCAGGCAGUCUGGAGAGGUGCGUUCAACACAUGGACACACUCUUACACACCCAAAUGCUGCGCCCCUUUCCCUAAAACAUUUGGUCCUGGAUUUUUCACAGAAAGUUGCACUUUACAGAAUCCGUGUGAGUCGUAACAAGCAGAGAGGUCUACUUAUGGUUGAUGGGCGAUACAGUAAACAGAUGAUUAGUCCGAAGAAGGCUGACCUGUUAGAUGUGGUGGGAGUACUGUAUGUUGGUGGAUUACCAAAAAACUACACAUCCAAGAGAAUAGGACCGAUUCUCUACAGUAUCAAUGGAUGUAUCCGUAACUUUAAGAUGGUGGGAGGCCCUGUAAGCACCAAGGCAGCUGCCACAGGUCGCUCUGAAGUCAUUGAGGACUUUAAAUUGAAUAUGGCCACGCCCACUUCUAGUCACAUGGUAGGGAGAUGCUUUGUUGCUACUGAGACAGGCACCUAUUUUGACGGCACUGGCUUCCUGAAAGCAGUCUCUUCUUACAGGGUGGGUCUAGAUGUGUCAAUUGCAUUAGAGUUCAGAACCAGCAAAACCAAUGGAGUGCUUUUUGCCAUAAGUAACCAAGCCAACGAUGGACUCGGACUGGAGAUUGUCCAGGGCAAGCUGCUCUUCCACGUUGACAACGGAGCUGGACGAAUCACAGCCGAGCACAUGCCUGAGGGCGAGGGCUUCUGCGAUGGCCAGUGGCACUCUAUCACUGCCAACAAGCUUCGCCACAGGGUGGAGCUGGUGGUCGACGGGAAGGAGAGCCAAGCAGAGAGCCCUAACGCACGCUCCAACACAUGUGACACCAAUGACCCCAUCUAUGUCGGGGGAUAUCCUGAUGGAGUUCGUCAGGCAGCGCUCUCUACCAGCACAUCUUUCAGAGGUUGUUUGAGGAACCUGAAGAUCACCAAGGCUUCAAAGACCAUGGAUGUGCAGUUCAACAAGGCUCUAGAGAUCAAAGGAGUCCAGCCUCUCUCCUGUCCUGCUGUAGCUGCUUAACCGGUACCUUAGAGCAUCCACUUUGUUUCCUCUAAUACAGUACUUCUUCAAGGAGCUACACAGGGCACCAUGUUUAUAGAUAAUGUAAAUUCAUCCCGUCUAUUGAAAUAAAUGUUGCUGCCAGGUGGUCACGGACUAGUGUAUAACACACUAUCCAGAGAAGACACAUGGGAACAUCUGUGUUUGGGGCAACCAGCAUGCAAAGCUACCUGGUGCCGUUUUCAAAGUGUAAGAAUCAAAAAAACACCCUCAAAAUCUCAGUUCACCGUCACAUUUUCAGUACGAGACCCUGACUUUAUGUACAGUGUAAGGCUCUGACCAAUAAAUCUACAAUUGGUAUAAACUGAGGUCUCAACAUGUUUUAAAGUGCAUUUCAUAGUUUGUCUACCAAGUUUACAUGAAAGAAGGUGUUAAGAUCUGUGCUGUGGUUACAGGUGCUCACAGUCCUAAAGCUAAUUAUAUUUUGGAAUAUGUGAUUAUUAAAUUAACUUUUUUUUCCCCCCAUUGAAGUCCCUCUUGCAGAGGUAGAACGGAGUAUGUUGAGUCUUUCAAUUAUAUUUGUUACACAAACUUCUCUGGAUAAGAUUCAAAAACUACAAUUUAUUUCUUUGUUUGAAUUUCCUACAUUUGUCCUUCAUAAACCUUGUUCCCAGAGAACUGUUUGAGAAAGCCUGACUCACUUAUCCACUGAUGUUCACUUUCUUCAUAAAAGAAUAGUUAACACAAAAAUGAACAUUGUAUAGUCAUUACAUUCUCACCCUCUAAAUCAUAAAUAAGAGUACAUUUUUCAGCCCUCUGUACUUUAGAGUUCUUAAAAUGACAAACCAGUUUACACCAACAGUUCUAAAGCCAGAAGAAACUCUGUUCCAAGUGUCAAGUAUUUAUUUCAUUACCUAAUUAUCUAAGCAAUUACAUGGAGAGCCUACUUAAUUAAUAACCCAAUAACAUGAAUACAAGGAAAUUUUUUGUCGAUUGUUUUCCAUAAAGUUAAAUACAGUAGAAACUCUGCGUGUUGAUAAUACUACUACUAAAAUGUUAAAUUUUUGGGUGCAUUAUUCCUUUAACAUUCAACACUUUAUUAGGGGAAAAUCUCAUACACAAGCUGAUUCUUGUAUAACUUUUCAGUAAUAUAGAGAUAUCAAAUUGAAGGUACAAGGUUUCUGCAGGACACUAAUGACACUGUAUGUUCUGCAUGGUGUGGCUGAAAAUACUUCUGCAGCUGUUUCUGAAAUAUAUUCUUGAUAGCAUCACA